UACCGUUGUAUGCAUCGUAGUCCGGUUUUCGUGAAAUAUACGAAAAUGCGAUCACAGAUUAAGUGAUAGCAUUUUUGAAAAAUCGGACUACGAUGGUUUCAGUGAUAGCCCUGAAUAUGUUAGCAGUAAUGCUCAUUUUAUUUAAUUUUUAUAGAUGUACAGCUGGGUUGGCCAGUGUUCAGACACUAUAAUGGUUAAUUCCACGUGGACUGAAAAUCAUAUUGGUGAUUUAUGGGGGGUACCUUUUAAAACGCAUCGUGUAUAUCCUCCUUGUGAAGUAAGACAUAUUAAAGCGCUAAAGCGCAACGAGAAUACAGAGAAGGUAAUAAUUUUAUCCAUUGGUCAAUUCCGACCAGAGAAAGAUCACCCGUUACAGCUGCAGGCAAUGUAUGAACUACGAACUCUUUUAUCAAGAAAUGAGGAUCUAUGGAAUAAGGUGCAUCUUAUCAUAGCGGGUUCGUGUCGAAACGACAGCGACUACGAACGGCUGAAGAAUAUGCAAGACUUGGCUAAACAUCUCUCUUUAGAAAAUUCCGUGGAAUUUAAAGUAAAUGUUCACUACGAUGAACUCCUCCAACUGUAUCAAAAAUCCGGAAUUGGAAUUCACACUAUGUGGAAUGAGCACUUCGGUAUCGGCAUCGUCGAAUGUAUGUCCGCAGGUAUGAUAAUGAUUGCUCACCGAUCCGGAGGUCCCUUAUUAGACAUAAUCGAAACUUCAGAAGGAAGUCAGAACGGAUAUUUAGCAACAAAUGCUGUUGAAUACGCUAAUUGCAUCUUAAGUAUCAUAUGCAGUUCCAGAGAAGUAAAUGAAACAAUUCGCAAUGCAGCAAG